AUGUGGGCACGUGGGGUGCUCGCCUGCGCGGCGCUGUGCGCUUGCGCGCGCGCCUGGCCCGGUGGUGCCGUGUGCGCGCGGCGGGUGGCGGGCGCGGGCGGCGCGCGCUACGUGGCCUUCCUGGGCGGCGGGCCCGGCCCGGCCGCGCUGGUGGAGGCCGCCUGGGGCGCGCGCGGCCGCAUCCGCGCCUGCUGGACCCGCCGGGACCCGCGCCUGGCGCGCGCCUUCCUCGCCGCCUGCGUCCGCCGCGCGCCCGCUGCCCCCGGGGCCGCGCUGCGGCGGGACCUGGCCGCGCUCUGGCGCCGCCGCGCGGGCUGCGCCGAUCCAGAGCCCGUGGGGUCCCCCCGCCGCCGCCCGCGGGGCUGGACGCUGCCGGGCACGCUGUGGUGCGGAGCCGGCGACUCGGCGGGGCACUCCGGCGAGCUGGGUCUCUUCCGCGGCCCCGACCGAUGCUGCCGGGAGCACGACCAGUGCUCGGCACAGAUCGCAGCACUGCAGUUCAGCUACGGCGUCCGCAACUACCGCCUGCACACCGUGUCCCACUGCGACUGCGACGCCAGGUUCCGACAGUGCCUGCUGGCCCUCAACGACACCAUCUCCAACAUCAUCGGCGUCACUUUCUUCAACGUGCUAGAGGUGCCGUGCUUCGUGCUGGAAGAGAGCGAGCAGUGCGUGCAGUGGCACUGGUGGGGAGGGUGUGAGCGUUACGAUGUUGUGCCCCUGGCCAGGAUGGUGCAGCAGAGUCAGUACCGCUACAGCCCGCUCACGGAGGAGGCGGGCAGCCCUGUGGUGCAGCCCUCGGGCAAGGGGGCAAAGCCCUCCAGAGCAGGGCGCAAGAGGCUCCAACAGGGACAGGUGCAAAACCUUGGGCUUCGCCGGGCAUGGAAACCUGCAACAGCCCAGCAGCUACGGGGCCCAAGUACCUUGUCCUCUGCGUCCACCAGGGAAAAGGCUGAGCCCACAACCAGGCAUCCAGCAGUGCAGAGGGAGCUGGAGCCUGGCCCCCCAACAGCAGUGAGCGUGUUGGAACAGGAUCUUGCUCGAGGAAGGCAAGUGCUAGGAGAAGCACAGCUGAGUGCUGGGAGCUCAGCAGCCCCUGCCAGCACGGCCUGCCCCAGCAAUGGCAUUGUCAGACCCAGCCUGGCCACAGAGUGGAACAGAGCCACCCCCGGGCCUGCUGUGGAGGGGGGCAGGCAGCAGGGCCUGGGCAGGGUGUGCAGGUGCCACAAGCACCUGGAUAAGUGUGAGCACCAGAUUGCACCCCAUGAGGUAAAGUACCAGCUGCACAAUGUGGAUACACGGACCCUCUUCCACUGCAACUGCACUCGCAGGCUGGCGCGGUUCCUGCGCAGGGCAAGGGACAUCAGUGACGUGGAGGUGGCUGACCUGGCUGACCGCAUUGCCAUGGGCUGCUUUGUGCUGGAGCCACCCACUGAUUGCAUCCCGGGUGAGGGGCCACAAGACAGCUGUAUCACAGUGCCCAGGGCCAUGCUAGUACCUGCGCAGUAUCUCAAAAAGACCAUGAGACACUGGGGUCUUCCACAUGUGAGCUCCAAGGCCAAGCAUCCAGAGCGGAAGAUGGACAGUGGUGGCACCCUCUAUGAGCAAUGCUUGCGGCUUGCCUUGGAGCAGCAGCCGGGCACUCCCCACCACACAGUCCCCCAAUGAUGAUGAGCAUUGCCUCACUUGGGAAGAUGUGCUGUGCAGCAGCCACGGAGUGGAGCGGCUCGAUUUCUGGUCCUUGAGACAAAGUCUGGCACAGAGUGCAGCUGCAUGGAGCUAUGGCUGGAGUGGGGCAGGCAGACGGACUGAAAAGCCUCUCAAGGAGCUGUGGCUGCAGGACAGUGGCUGCCAUCUGUGAGCAUCAAAGCAAGGGGAACAGGAGGGCUUGAGAAAGGGAAAAAUCCACCAUCUUCCUUCGCUAUUGUGCCCUGGGACAGUAGGGAUGGCAGGGCUCCCACCCCUGGACUUGUGCCCCUCCAGCUGGUGGGGUGCUGAGCAGUGUGCCAUAAUCCUGGCCUCCUUCCUUAGGCAGGAGGAGAGGGGGUGCAGGUGGGCUGGGGUCUGCACCAGCUCCCAGCCCUAAAGCGAGGUAGGGGGGCAAUAGCCAGAGGCAGGCCCAGGGCUCUGCCCCCUAUGUGCAGCAGAAGAUAAAUAAAGGAUGAUCCGAGUGUGGCA